AUGGUGAACAAGCCCGAGUGGCCAUAUGCGCUGUCAGGCACGGUGGCAGCAGCGGUGCAGGGCAUCAUCCUGCCCUUCUUCGCCCUCAUCCUCUCCCGCAUCAUCACCGUCUUCUGCAACCCAGUUCCUCAUUUCUCUGCCCCUCUUGCUUCUGCUCAUUCCCUCCCUACUUCCCUCCCUCCCUCCCGGCCUCCCUCAAACCCCCUUGCCACCCCACCUUUCCCCCCUCUUCCAGACAAGGCCAAGAUGCGUAGCGACGCAGACUUCUGGUCGCUCAUGUUUGUCGUUCUCGCCGUGGUGGCGUGGGUUUACAUUGACAAAGCCAAGAUGCGCACCGACGCGGACUUCUGGUCGCUCAUGUUUGUCAUUCUUGCCGUGGUGGCGUGGGUGUCCCGCACCCUGCAGACGUUCCUCUUCAGCGUGGCAGGGCAGCGCCUCAUCUGGCGCAUCCGCCGCAUGUGCUUCUAUUCCGUGCUGCGCCAGCAGAUGGCUUGGUUGACCGCGAUGAGAACUCCAGCACCCCUGCUUGCAUCCCUCUCUUCCCUCUCUCGUUUUCUCUUCUCUUCGUCCACUCGCAGUGGCGCCAUUGGCUCACGUCUCUCCUCAGACGCAACCCACGUGCACUCCAUAGUGGGCGACCGCCUGUCCCUCGCCGUGCAGAACGCAGCGACGCUCGUGGCGGGGCUCAUCCUGGCGUUCUCGUCCUUGUGGAUCCUCUCCUUCAUCGUGCUCGCCCAGUUGCCACUCAUCGCUGCCGGCUCCAUCUUUCAAAUGAGGAGCCUGCAAGGCUUUGCUGAUGACGCCAAGGUGGGCUGA